AUGCCUAACAACAUCGAAGCCUCCGUCAUCGUUCCCCUAAAGAACUCGGGAUUUUCCAAAAUCCUCGACCACCUCGAGAAAGGCGCCGUCGCCGAAACGGCCAUUCUCUCCCCAGAUCACUUCCUAGAGAUCAGCGACAUCCUAGGACAGUCAGAUGUCAACUUCGCCGCCUCUGCAUCAUUGGUGAUAGACAUCAUCCGCACCACGCGACACCUAGAAAUAUCGGUGAACUGUGAAGACUUAGACCCAGCAACUAGAGCCCUCAUAGUGCUGGAAGACCAGAAAAAGAUUCGAGCCAUGGCGCUCCACUUACUCCCCGACAACUUCAGCGAACUCGUAGACAUCGCGAAGAAACGCACCGCACCUGCAUCUGUCGACGAUGCGGAGGAUACGGACACAAUUUUAGAAAGUGUCCAGACGCUGUGUGCUGCAUCUGCAGCGAAAUCGGACCCGACCACCUACGACGAGGAAUACUACGAACUCCUCGUAGAUUGGGAGAAGAACCACAUUGCGCUAGAAGAACUAAUCGCAAAGAACCCCGCACCGCGGUCACCCACUCCCAUCGAUACCCGCAGUACUACUGCCACUCCAGACGAAGAAACCCGGGAGAGAGUUUUGUCGUAG